CGCGGGGGGCCUUGCGGCAGGCCAAGGCGCCGGGGCGUACCAAGGGUGAUGUGGGCGGGGCCGCCGCGGCGGGAUGGACGCGGUUCUGCUCGCCGCCGCCGCCGCCGUGCUGCUCGCCGUCCUUCUCUUCUUCGCCACCCGCCUCCGCGGCCAAGCCAGGGCAGCUGACGAGGAGCACCAGCAGAAUGUGGCAGCAGCAGCAGCAGCAGGGGCCAGGCCCCGGGCGCACGGGGACGAGCGGGCGGAGGGGAUGCCCAGGCGCCGCAGGAACAUGGGCAACAGGCUGAUGGCCCAGAGGAGAGCCCAGCAGGCUGAGGAGUGGCUGGAAGAGGAAGAGGAUGCUGAGGAGGUGCCAGAAUUUCAGGUGUCUGGGAAAAUUGGAGCAAAGAAGCAGAGGAAAUUAGAAGAGAAGCAAGCCAGGAAAGCACAGAGAGAGGCUGAAGAAGCAGAGAGAGAAGAACGGAGGAAGCUCGAGUUAAAAAGAGAGGAAGAAAGGCGGAAAGAGGAGGAGAGAAUUCGCCUGGAGGAGGAACGACAGGAAGAGGAAAAAAGGAAGGCAAAGGAAGAAGAGGAGAAGAGAGAAUAUGAAGAGUACCUGAAGCUGAAGGAGAGUUUUGUGGUUGAAGAGGAAGGGGUUGAAGAGUCAAUGACAGAGGAACAGUCUCGCAGCUUUCUUAUGGAAUUCCUGGAAUAUAUUAAGAAAACAAAAGUUAUCCAGCUGGAGGACUUGGCUUCACAUAUGGGUUUGAGGACACAGGAUGCAAUUAACAGAAUCCAGGACCUGAUGGCAGAUGGCACCCUGACAGGUGUGAUCGAUGACAGGGGAAAGUUCAUCUACAUCACGGCCCAGGAGAUGGCGGCCGUGGCCCAGUACAUCAAGCAGCGAGGCCGAGUCUCCAUCGCAGAGCUGGCCCAGGCCAGCAACUCCCUCAUCAACCUCCAGCCUGACAGCAGAGCUGUGGCUCCAACCCUGGCCUGAGAGCAGCAGGGUUUAACCUCUUAAUGAAUAAACCACGUCAUUAAAAGCAGACGAGAACCUCCCCAGUCGGCUCGUGGUGCCUGAUGCUCUUUUGAAGCAUCAGCUGCAAGCUCAGAAGUUUUGCUUUUCCUUCUGUUUGAACUGGUGUUCAAUGGUGGAGUUGAUUGUCCAAGGGACUGGCCAGGAACUCAAGCACUGAUGCACCUUUAGCCCAGGAAGAUCAGAAUUUAUCCCUUGGCAGCCAGUCUCACGUUGCUAUAAGCAAACUUGUCAUUGUUUCCAGAUUCUGGUGUCUGCAUCAAAUAGAUUUGGGCUUGAUUGCAUCCAGGCUUUCUCUGCACUGUGGAGCUGUUUAACUUUGUGAUGGACACAGCCACAGGUGUGUAGGUUUUGGCUGCUGUACCCACAUUGGAAGGAAAGAGUAAAAAGAAAAUACUCUCUGUGUGUCUUUGUUCUUGCUGAAAUAUAUCCUGCAGCUCUGGGAAGAAUGGUUGCUCUGUUAAAAAUUCCAGGGGCUAUUUCAGGAAACCUUUGCUGUAUAAAUAUGUUUUCCUUGGUUUAUGUAAUAUAAAAAGUUUGCUUGCAGACAAGCUGCAUCAUUUCCCUGUAGCCAAGAGACAGAAAGCCCUCCAGGGAAGGGCUAACUGGGCUCAUUUAUUGUGCAGGCCAGUUCUGCUGAUACCAAGCAGAUCCUGGUGAUUCAUCCUUUGAAGUCAGAGCCAGCUCAGACUGUCUGAAGGCCUCAGACAUCCCCACCCUGUGGCCUCUGCGUUCUGCAGGUUUGGGGUUUUUUAAACAAAAACUUUCUGAGUCAUGCAAUUAAUGUUCUAAGUUAAUGAUUAUUAAUUUAUUAAUUGUAUGGGUCAGUGUAUUUCCUGCAUAAGAAUAUUUAUUUUUAAAGUCAUUCAUUCAUUCUCCUUUCUGAAAUCAGCAGAAAUUUAUGUGCAGAAACAGUAAGUGGGGAGGACAAGAGGUUUUGUCCCUGCCAAACUUAGAGAUAACUUGAGCAGGCUAAAAGCCACGUUAUCAGUGAGAUGAGACAGCAAUAAAACAAUGGAAAGAAACAUUUCCUUUUAAUCUGCACUGCUGCUGGAAGUGAGAGUGCAGGAGAGGGGAGUUCCACCAGCAGCACGUGUUGGUGUGAAAGAUCAGCACAUCCUGAGUGCUGUACAACCACAGCCUGCAAAGAGGUUAUUUAACAUCUGAGGCUUGUAAAGUCUCUUACUUAAGGAUUUCACAGUAAAUUUUUAAAAAAUGUUUGGCUUUGCUGUUAUUUUUUGUUCUGCCUUAAAUUACACUUGUAAUAAAAUCAACAAUAUUGAAAGAA